AUCUAAACUAGCACGAGGCUUUAUAAUAUACUCGGUAUUCAGUAUUCGAUCGUCUUUCUUAGUAGGUGAUAGUGCGGUAUAUUCGGUUUAUAUUAUCACGUAUUAUCGUAUUAUUGUUUUGUUUAUUUUUAUGAAUCAUUUACUUCAUAUUUUCAUACAAAUUAUUCUUAAUUAACCUAAUUUUUAUCAGUGAUUUUGCAAUCAUUAAACAUAUAUGAAUUAUAAAUAUACAUACAUAUAUAUAUACAUACAUAUAUAUAUACAUACAUAUAUAUAUAUAUAUACAUAUACGUACACAAUAUAUACCAAAUAGAAAUACAAAUAUGUUUUCAUUUUUUAAGUUAAUCAAGAAAUAAAUUCCACAAUAAUGAAAUAGUUAAUUGCCAAAUAUAAAAGUGGUAAAAUUGUCAAUAUCUAUUAAUAUCUAUUAAACUGUAAAUGCUUAAUGAAAUUAUAAAACAGCAAAAAAAUAAUAAUCAAAUUAUACUAUAUAACUAUAUUUAUUAUAACAUUACUUACAUAAUCAAUAAGAUGUGGAGAAAUUGCGAAUAUGAUCGUUCGCUAAUUAUUCAUACACAAAAACAAAAAAGUUUCAUAGGAAGUCAAUUUUUUUUUACUUCAUGACAUUUAAAUUUUUUUAUGCGCAAAUAACUAAAAAGAUUGUUUCGAAUGUUAUAUAUAUUGUCACACAGAAAUACGAUUUUUUAAUAUACAUUAUUACAUAUAAAAUAACAUUUAGUGGAUUAUUUUGUGUACAUAAAUAUGCUAUAAAUAUAUUCAAUGCUUUUGUGAUAAAAAAAAACAAUGCAAUAAUAUUAUUACUAAAUUAUUACUAAAAAAGAAAGAAAGAGAAAUUAAAAAUUAUUUAAAGUAACACAUAAUUCAUGUUAUUCAUUUAAAAAUAUAAAUACAUAGAAUUCAACAAAAUGUUCAAUUUAUAUCAGAAUUUAAAUAAAAGAGAUGAUGAUCAUAAAGAAUCAGAUGUCACAGGACAUGAUAGAUUUUGGCAGGAACGUCCGAAAACGCGUCGAAAACGUCGUGCUAUCAAUCGAAGAACUCAAAGUGCCAUUGAACUCGAUUCUGAAGCUAUAAUCUCUGCUCGAAGUACUCUUAGGCGUAGAAGAAGCGCAAGCAUCGAAGACGAAGAUAGUGACGAAGAAAAGAGUUAUCAAUUGACCAAUAAAAUUGACAAUCUAGCCAAAAUAUUAUUUAAUCGUGUAUCUGCUGCUCGAAGUUAUAAAGAUUCUGAUGUUAGGAAUGGAAAGCAUAAUUAUACAGAAUUGGGUCACGGAUCAUCUAUUUGUGAAGUUGUUGGUGAAUGUAUGGAAAUGGAGAAGAGGUCCAGGGAUCGUGCCUUAUCAAUUUGUCAAACUUAUGUUUGUAAAACAUCACGUUAUAAUUUCAUUAAACAGCUAAAUAAUCUCGGUUCUAGAAUGGACAAACAUUGGUUCAUAGUCAGAGAUACUUUUUUAAAAACCGAUCGAUUGAUUACGUUAGCUCCAUUGACUAAAAACUGUUCAUUGAAUAUAACUCCAAUGACAAAAAAUGUUUUGAAUGAUUUAUUCUUAGCCCUACAACAUCCGUACAUAUGCCCUAUAUUUGAUAUCGAUUUUCUUGAAUAUGAUAAUAAAAAUUAUGUAAUUGUAGUUCAACCAAUAAGUCAAGGUAGUCUGAAAGAUUUGAUAUAUGGGAUCGAAAGAACAGGUUGGAAUGAAGAUUGGAAUCAAAAAUAUAGUUCUCGUGGUAAAGGACUUCCUUUACCUCAAGUUCAACAAAUGGGACGUCAAAUACUGGAAGCAUUAAUUUUUUUAAAAGAAAAAGGAUUUCCGACUGUAAUCCAUUUGCAUUCAGGAAAUGUGCUCAUUCAAAAUGGUGUCGCACGUCUCGCUGGCCUUGAAAAUACGCUUCUUGGUUUUACCAGUCGAAUAUAUCCAUUAAUUAUUUCUCGAAUACGACAAACUAUUUCAAUUGACAUGACAUGUUUUGGUCAUAUGCUAUUUGAGAUGUGCGCUGGUUAUGAAUUACCAUCAUUUAAGCCAAAUUCUAUUCAUCUAUCAGAUGUUGAAAUGUCAUCGAGUUAUUCAAAUUCAUAUUUGAUGAAUUAUCUAAUCGUCAUAAGAUUAUCGAGGAAAUUCUUGUUCAUGAUUUAUUCAGAAAUAUUGAUCUUCGUGAAAUGCGAAGUGCUCCCGUUACGUUAUUUCGUCCAAUCUUAACGCCGCCCAUUGUAAACUUUCUCGACAAUAUUAAACGACAAAAUGCUAAUAAGAGGUAAUUUGAUGUAUAAUAGAACAUUUAAAUUAUUUUUUCGUGUCUUUUUCCAUAUUUUGCUAAAAAUUCAUUUUGCAUGCACAAACAGGCAAAGAUCGCGUUCUAUAAGCGACGUCUAUUUGACACGCAGAUUUUGGUAAUGACACGAAGCAUCUGAUUAAUUAAUGUAAAAUUCUGAAACUAAUUUAAUUUAUUUUUUUCAUAUUACAGAAUUAUACAUUUCGAUAGUAUCAACAUUGAUAUGACGUCUUUACAUAGACGAUAUUCCAUUUGUAAAAAUUCUUUACUUGACGAAAUCUACAACGAACUUUCAAAUACAACUGUAUAAUUAUAAAAAUA